CCUUCACAGCUAAGCUUCGCUCGUUACUGCUUGUUGUUCCUAGUCUAAUUAUAGCACGUUCUUUUCCAACGACAUACCAUUCCCGGUUCAAAACACUGAAAUCAGCAUAAUGUCUAAGAUUUUCUCCACCGCUCUUCUUGUCACGUGCGCCGCAGCGCAAUUGACCACUUCGGCAUGGAUGGCAGGCGCCGGAAGCAACAGCCUUUCAUACGUUGCCUCCGUAAUCACUGUUGAAAAUGAUAGUACUACAAUGUCUCUUGACGUUCAGGGCAUGACCGAAGACCUAGGUGCGGUGGCCGAGAUAGGCCAGACAGUCACUCUUGCAGGCAACACCUUCUUUGGAGUCAGGGCUGUGGCCGAGAACGAAGGCGUGACUGUGACCAUCAUGGGCCAAUGCACACGCCAGAACACCGAUGAUCAGGAGGCUACAUGCACUAUGUCGACAAAGGGUCUUGAGUCCGCCAUCAGAUCAGCGUGUGCAAGCGCUGAUUCUAAUGAAGAGUUGUGCAGUGAGGGGAAUCUUGACACGAGCACGACUACAACACUGCCAGACGGUUACCUCAACAUGGUUCAGUUUGUCGUUACAGCUGGCGAGGACUUGCUGCCCAGCGCUUCUGCAGCUGCUACACCUUCUGCCGGCAGUGCCUCCCUUACCUCUUCCAAGUCCACCGCUACCAACUCCGCCAAGCCCGCUUCUUCCGGCUCAGAGGAGGCUGCUAGCUCUGGAGCUUCCCGGACUUCCCAGGCUUCCCGGACUUCCCAGGCUUCCCAGACUUCACAAGCAGCCCCGGAGGCUACCAAUGCUGCGCCGUUGAUGACCAUGGUUCCUGCUUUGGCUGGUCUUGGUGCCGCUGCCGCUUUCUUCUUGUAAACGUUUUUUUGGAGGAGACGUACCGUCUUGCUUCAAAAACCCCAAGUAGUUUUCCGCGUCACGAAACAGUCACCAACACGAAACGCCCACAAUCUAUCAUAUCCAGUUAUUACUCUUUUUUAAUGAUGUAAAAUUCCCA